UUUUUUUUCCUUUCCUUUUUUCCUUUCCUUUUUUUUUUUUUUUGUUCUCUCUUUUUCCCUCUCAUUUUCAUCUUGUGCCUGUCAGAAUCCACAUGUAUGUUGCCUUUCCUUAGAUAUCAGCCCGUGGCCCAAGUUUCAUUUUAUCACCACCAUGUCAUUGUAUCAUCAAGAUUAAGCAUGGUUCUCUGUCCUUCCUUGAUUCAUUUCCUUUGGUUUUCUUUAUACUACCACGGUCGACAUUUCGGACGUUACUUGAAUUUUCUACCACUUCCUGCGAACUAUGUUCAUUAGGUUUUCCAUCUUUUCUACCUUUCUACCUGUCUUGUAUACCCUUUUAUAUUCUUCUUUAUUUACUGGAGUGUGACUUGUGUUUUGUUUACUUGUUGCAUCUUGGGAGGACUCAGUCAUAUACUGAACUUUUCGGUCACCGGGUCAGGUUACGUGUCAAGUAAAGGUUAAAAAGAAAAGAAAAGAAAAAAAAAUAUUCUGACUUGUGUCACUGUUUUAAGGGCAGUGGACGCAAGAUGAAUUGAACAACUCAGAGGACCCAUCGGCCCCUUUACGUGGGCAUAUGCGCAAUAUCCUCAGGGGCUCUAGAGCGAAUGGAUUGAACCCAUGGAACCAAUAUCAGAAUUUGCUGACAGGGGUCUGCUGGGCAAAAUCAAUUUGGGGAGGGAUUAGGCUAGCAUUGCUACAAGACAGACUUCAUGUCUGCCCGAGAGAACGUAAUAUGUAAAGUUUCGAAAUGGGGAGUUGUGAGG